AUGGAUUCGACUAUCUGGAGUACAGCUCAAGACGUGAUCGCCGAAUGUUGCCAUGCCUCGCGUGAGAUGGCCUUCAUCACUGCCGUGGAACCUGACGCAUCGUCCUAUUCUUCCCAGACCUUCGAGGUAGCUUGCAAUGCAGGGCCAGUCAAGAAGGUCUCCCCUUUUUGCGCACGUGUGUUCGGUCUCGAUAGUACCAUCGGACAAUGCGAGCUCGGACGAGAAAUGCAUUCCUGGGAUCGCAAAUAA